AUGAUAACGCGAUCUAAUUUGGCGGAGCAGCUGAGAGAAUAUCAGAUUCGAUCGAAGCACGAUUGGGCUUCCCUUUCCUUCUUCUCUUCCACCUCAAAUCUCGCAUCUUCCAGGGUCGACGUUGCCAUUUUUGUCAUAUGGGAACUCGUGAUUUUGGCUUUCCUCGUUUUCUCGUCCGUUUCAUUGUAUUUUAGGCACUUGAGGCUUGCUGUAGUCUUGUUGUGUAUUACGGGGUUGUUGCUUUUGUUCAUGAAGAUUACCAAGCAAGUUAGAUUGGCCAGGAAGAAGAAACGAAGGAUGCUCCUGCCUUUAUCUAUGUAG